AUGGAUCACGAAAAACAGACGCACGAACCAACAAUGACAACGGAAACAAACCAGCAGGUACUUGACUCAGACUCGGAACGAGACCAACAACAUACCGGCCUGAGCAAGCAACCAUCAAUAUGUGAAAAAGAAGAUCAAGACCUAGAUGGCUGGCGAGGAUGGCUAGUAGUCACCGCGGCUGCGUGUUCGCUUUUUAUCUAUCUCGGCGAGAUCUAUUCAUGGGGUGUUUUGCAGUCUGAGCUUGUCAAGACUACGACAUUUUCAAUGACGACGUUGACUUUUGUCGGUUCGCUGGCUACUUCGUUCAUGGUGUCUUUGAGCAUAUUGGUGGGCAUGACUAUCCGCCGAUUCGGAUAUCAAAAAACGGCAUUUGCGGGUGCGGUUCUCAUGGGCCUGGGUGAAUUUCUGGCCAGUUGGGUUACGGACAAUCUGGCUGGCUUGUUCAUUUGUCAUAGUGUAUUGUUUGGAGUGGGAGGAGGGUUGACCAUCAUGCCCUGUUCGACCGCACCUCUCAGGUGGUUUCGAAAGCACCGUGGUCUUGCGACCGGCAUUGUAUUUGGGGGAGGUAGUCUUGGAGCUGCAACCAUGAGCGUGGCCGCAAAUUUGCUUGUCACCUCUGUUGGUGUUGCAUGGACUCUGCGAAUCUUUGGUCUUCUUGCCUGGGCAGUUUGCGUUCCUGCAGCAUGUCUGAUUCGACAACCAGAAAGUGCCGCAGCAGCUGUACCUCAGCUCCAAUGGUACCGAUUCAGAGAACGUCAAUUCAUCCUCCUCUUUAUCGGCAGUGCCCUUGGCUGUUUCCCGCUCUUCAUCCCCUCAUACUUCAUUCCAAUCUACGCCCGCACCGUGUCCACCCAACGCGUGGCCGUCAUCAUCCUCGCAAUGUGGAACAUUGCAUCCACGAUCGGACGAGUCCUCGCCGGCUUCCUCGCCGACGCCAUGCUCGGCCCAUUGAACAGUCUCAUUUUGUCUCUCUUACUGGCCGGCAUCAGCGCCCUUGCCAUUUGGCCAUUUGCCAGCUCCGUGGCGGUUCUCUCCGUCUUUGUCGUGCUGAAUGGCCUCGGAUGCGGGGCCUUUUUCAGUCUUAUCCCUGCUACUGUUGGAUCGAUGUUUGGUGCGAAGAAUACGAUGGGUGUUUUGCCGGUGUUGUGGGCUGGAUGGUUCUUUGGCUAUUUCUUUGGCUCACCUAUCGCCGCUGGAAUCUAUUCCCUCUCUGACAAGGAGGCCGACACCGCUGCAUACAGACCAGCGGCAUAUUAUGCAGGAGGUAUGUCUCUCGUCGGUCUAGCAUUUAUCGUGGUUAUUCGGUGUCUAUAUUCCUGCAAGAUCCUGGCGCGUGUGUGA